GUCCACCACAACCCCCUCCGCUCCCCGACGUUCUUCUGAGACGGCGAGGAGGUUGUCCACACACACCGAGCUGAACUCCUGCACGGACGGCUGAAGGCACAUUCCUCCACCAUUCCAGGGACUUUGGGGGUGGAACCAUGCAGAGCCCCCCAGGAGUUCUGCUUCUUCUGGUCCUGGGUGUGUCUUUUCUGACCAGUCAAGGAGUCCAGGGGGGGAAAGUGCUGGUGUUCCCGGUCGAUGGCAGCCAUUGGGUCAACAUGAACCUGCUGAUCCAGCAGCUGCACGGCAGAGGCCACGAGGUGACCGUCGUCCGCUCGUCCACCAGCUGGUACAUCAAGGAGGAGGCGCCGCAUUACCGCUCCAUCACCGUCGCCCUACCGGAAAGCAGCAUGCUCGAGGACGAGGAGUUCUUUUUAACCUUCCUGGAGAAAAUACUGCGGAUCCGAAAGGACAGAGCUUCACUCAUGGGUUUUGUGAAUUUCUACUGGGAACUGCUCAUUUCGCUCUCAGAGAUUCACCGGCAGUCCAGCAUGCUGGUGGCGGAAAUGUUCGAGAACAAGCCUUUGAUGCAAAGCCUUCGGGACGCUCGGUUUGAUGUGGUCCUUCUGGAUGCGGGUCUACCCAACGGAGUCCUGGUGGCUCACGAACUGAACCUGCCGACAGUUUACAACGUGAGAUGGAUCACCAGCGGGGAAAGUCACUUUGUGAUCGCACCAUCUCCUACAUCUUACGUUCCAAUUCCUGGACAUAACGCAUCGGACAAAAUGACCUUUGGACAGAGAGUCAAGAACCUGCUGUACUACGCCUUCAACACCUGGAUCGACAAGUGGAUCGUGUGCCCCCACUACGACAGGCUGGUGGAGAGGUACUUCGGUCCGGAUGUGAGCUUCUACCGCCUCCUUCAGGGGGCAGACAUGUGGCUCAUAAGGUCGGACUUUGUCUUCGAGUUCCCGAGGCCGACCAUGCCAAACGUGGCCUACAUCGGCGGCUUCCAGUGUAAGCCCUCGCAGCCUCUGUCGGCGGAGCUGGAGGACUUUGUUCAAAGCUCAGGAGAGCACGGCUUCAUCCUCAUGUCUCUCGGGACGUUGGUCAAAGGUCUGCCCAAAGAAAUCACGUCGGAAAUCGCUGCUGCCUUUGCUCAAAUUCCUCAGAAGGUCAUCUGGAGACAUGCUGGGGAACGUCCUGACAACUUAGGGAACAACACCCUGCUUGUCAAAUGGAUGCCCCAGAACGACCUGCUGGGUCACCCGAAGAUCAAGGCCUUCGUGGCCCACGGAGGCACGAACGGCAUCUACGAGUCCAUUUACCACGGAGUGCCGAUCGUAGGAGUCCCUCUCAUGUUCGACCAGUUUGAGAACCUUCUGCGAAUGGAGAUGCGAGGAGCCGCCAAGGUGGUGGACGUAACUCAAACCACCCGGCACAGCUUCCUGGAGGCGUUACGAGCGGUUCUCCAUGAUCCUUCCUACCGGAAGAACAUGAGGCGGCUGUCUGCGCUCCACCGGGACAAACCCACACACCCACUGGAUACUGCCGUUUACUGGACCGAGUUCGUUAUGAGACACAAAGGAGCCGCGCAUUUACGCACCGAGUCCUACAAGAUGCCCUGGUACGCGUACUACUCUGUGGAUGUUGUGAGCUUUUUGUUGGCGCUCUUGCUCGUACUGAUGGCCUUGGUGGUGGGAUCCAUACGGUUCCUGUGCCUUCGAAUGUGCAGGAGGAAGAAACCAAAGCAGGAGUGACACCUAGUGCGAAACUAGCCCGACUGAGAUGGACAAUCUGUUAGGUUUCAUUCCGUCUUCCUUUGGUCAUAUCGAUCAUGAGACUGUUCUUCACUGUUCUACAGUGACUUUUAAAUGUGAUUGGCUGUAAAGCCGGUGGUCCACUGGAACGGCCUCUGUGGUUGCUAGUUCUGUAGAUGUAGCGAGGCAUUUUGUGGACCUCCAAUGAACCUGAUUGAUCCACGCUAACCAAUCAGCUGGGAGGUGUUGUAUCAUAUUGAACUCGGUGGACGAUAAGAAUCAAUAAGAACAGGUCCAUUCACAGAUCCAACAGCUGAUUUGGUCUCUUGAGCAAAAAAACCCAAAAAAACAAAAAAAAAAAAACAAACAGAAAACAAAAGAGCUAAUUAUUCAACUAUUCAAUAGGAUUUCACAUUCCUUCAACACCCCGGACACACGCUGCAGUUUAAUCUGAGUUAAUCCCGCCUCCUGUUA